UAGAUUGUAAACCCCGGCUCAGCUGUUUUGGAGUUUUUUGUAAUAUGUUUCCCGCAAUAUUUUAAGAACAAGUUGAUUUCUGUAUAUAAUGGCUCUUUUUCCAGCAUAUUCUGCUAGGUCUUUGGAGGAGGGCGACGAUGACGCAGCUCGUUGGCCAUCAGAGAACGAUGAUGCCGUGGAAGAGGAGCUUUUGGCGAGUGAUACGGAAGAAGAAAUGGAAACUUCGCCAGAAACCGAGGCGGAACCAGCGAAAAAUGAUGACUACUACGUAGAUUGCAAAAUGGAUAACGGCAAUCGUCGUGUCUCAACCCUGUACUAUCCUGGCCGACCACAAUAUGAGCGCAGCUGGUACCGGCUGGGCGAGGCAGAUGGAGAGGGGGGGCAGCGCCCCCGCCCGCGUCGUUAUUUCCGUCAGCGUGUACCAGAUUCUACUGACGCGUCCGAGAUACACGAGCGCGCUGCCACCCUACGCAAAUCAUUAGACGAUUCACCUCAUGAUACGGAACUGUGGGAGAGAUAUAUUGACUUCAUGGAAACCUAUGGUGGGGAGAAAGAUGUAAUAGAUGCGGUGGAGCUGGCGAUAACUAAGAACAGGAGGUCGCGGCGCGUGCGUAUGCGCUGGUACUCCAUCAUGCGUCGCAAUCUCCCUCCGCAGCCCUACGCGGAGCGUCUACGCCAGUGCUUGGCUAAAGAGCAGGAUCUGAACCUCCGGCUGGAGCUGUGGCUGCAGCUGAUGCAGGCGUCGGGCGCGGCGGCGGAGAUCGGCGCCGUCACCGCGCUCGCCUCUGCCGCGCUGCACGACACACGCGCCCUGCCCCGCGCCUACCCAGACCUGCUCUACGCCUACGGCGUAUGGGUGCGUGCGGCCGGCCUGUGGGAGCAGCUGGUGCAGCUGAUCGAGCUGGUCGCCGCCAUGAACUUCCCGCGCGCCGCCUUCCCCCCGCCGCGAGACCUCGCCCGCGAACGAUGCCGCGAAAUGAAGCUCCGCAAUAUCGAGGACAAGAUUAUAGAAAGUGGACUGCCGUUGCCCACGGUGUGGGUGCGCGUGGAGCGUGCGCGCGCCGCCGCCCACUGGCGCCCUUAUCUGCCGCCAGGCAAGGAGGAGGCGGGGCCGAGCGGCGAGGGGGCGGGGCCGGGCGGCGAGGGGGCGGGGCCCGGCGCCGCGGAGGCGUGUCCGCUGGACGACGGCGGAGACCCGCAGCGCUCGCCGCUGCCGCACGACGUGGCCGAGCUGCUGCAGCCCGUCGUCGACCCUCACCAGCUGUUCAGACUUUCAGUGCGCCUGCUCAUGCUCGCCAAGGUGCCGCUGCUGUGCGGGUCGGGGUGGUCGAUGCGGGGCUCGUGCGGCGCGGGCGGGGACUUCGAGUGCGGCGAGGAGCUGCUGGGCGCGCUCAGCACUGCGCGUGCGCUGCCGCCGCGACACGCCGCGUACAUAACGCCCGACAUCGCACAGCGCAUGCUCGCGCUCUUCAUAGACCCCCCGCACUACUUCACAGAUGAAUACGGUUACUUGACGUGGGUGAACUCCCUGUGGGAGGCGUGCUGCGGGUGGGCGAGUGGUGUGCGGCGCACUGCACUGCUGUGCUGGCGACUGCGCUGGCUGCGCGCGCUGCUGCUGGUCGCGCACGCCGGCAGCGCGUCCGCAGCCACCGGCGCGGACUCUGCCACAGCGGACGCAGAGAUACGACGCAUGCGCGCCGACGCACAAUGUAUCUUGCGGAGGUUGGCGGGGUCUGCGCCGCUGCCGUUUGCGGAGUGGGCGCGGCUGGAGGCUGCAGUGGGCGGGGUGACCGGGGCCACGCGCGCUGCGAGACACGCCCUCCGCGCCGCCAUUGACGAGCGCGACAUUCCGCACCAUCACGUGCUCUACAUCGCCAGGGUGGCAUGCGAGGUUGGCACGACCGAGGGUCAGCCGGGGCUGCUGGGUGUGACGUCACUGGUGGCGGCAGUGCUGCGCCAAGCUGACCUCCUCGUCUGCGGCGCCAAGCACCACGACCUCGUGCGCGCCUUGGAGAUUUGCGAGGAGAAGUGCAACGAGUUGCAGCACGAGUCCAGGAGUGAGGAGUUGGGGCAGGGUCAGGGGGCGGGGGCGGGGGAUGCGUUCGAGGAGGACGAGCUGAGCGUGCUGCUGCCCGCGCCCGCCGAGUGGGGCGCAGUGCGCGCGCUGCUCUACUCGCCCUGGCAUCGCGCACGCGUCCUCACCGCACUCAUAGGACAGCCCUACACCGGGGAGAGUGCGGCGGGGGGGAGGUUCUGGGAGCAGCAGGCGACUGCGCUGGCGGCGGCUGCGGGCUCAGCUGCAGCUGCGCGUGCGCUGGCACACUACUGCCCGCACAGCUACUACCUCAACAUCGUGGGGUCGAGCGCCCCGCUGUGGGCGCAGGUGGGCGUGUCCGGCAAGGUGGGCGUGUCUGCGGCGCGGGGCGUGGCCGCGCUCGCUGCACUACUGCCCGCACUCGGCCGCGCCCUCAUCUCUGACUGGGCGCCCAGAGAGAGUGAGGCAUUGGCUCGAGUGGUACGUCGUGUGGUGUACAAGGAGGCUGGUUGCGGUGUGCUGGGUGUGGUGCUGCGGCUGGAGGCGGAGGGCCACGCAGCACGACCUCGGCUGCCUCACGCGUUAUACUCCGCACUAGCAACUGCACCACAUCACAAGUGGUUGUACGUGCGAGGUGCAGCAUGGUGUGGUGGUGAGGCUGCAGGUCUGGCUGAUGCCUUGCUGGACAAGCUGCUGCGUCUGCACGCUCUACCACACGAGCUGCAACCGCUACUCGACGCUCACCACCACAAGGAACACCGUAACGUGACUUCGGGACACACAGUGACACUGGAACACUCCGAAGUGACACUGGAACACACUGAAGUGACACUGGAACACGCGGUUAAUGCGGAACCUGAUGCACGUGAUAACAUUGGAGGGUAUAUAUUUAAUGAACCUAUCGAUGUAUUCGAUGAGGGUCAGCGUGUCCCGCUGGAGGAGAGGCGAGGAUAUGAAGUUCUGCGAGAUGAGAAUGAUGCUGCAGACGAGGGAUCCCGCGGGACGUAAGUAUGUAUUCAACGAAAGUAAUUUGGGGAACAAAUAUUGUGUUCCGUAUCGGUAUGGAGGGUCCAAUCUCAGUCAAAUGAUCAUUUAUCUAUUUUUUAUUCGCUGAUCUUUUUUUAGGCAGCUUUUUAAUUAAUACAAAAAUGCUGACUGAGAGUGGCCUUUACGAUGUAUGUUGUUGGAAUACGAGUGAACUUUUAGCCUAGUUUUUUUUAAUUAGUGCUUGGAUCAACGCUAUAAAACCGACAAAUUGACAACUAAGUUAAUUUAUAAUCUAACUGAUCUAUAAAUUUACAACAAAUUAAAAAAUAAAGUAAUGCAAAAUUUGCAAACUUACCAGAAUUUUCUUCUCUUUAAUGAGC